UUUAGCCAGCCUGCCGCCCGUCAGCGCGAUCACAGCGGCCGGAGGGGAGGCAGAGAGAGGCAGCCAAGUGAGGACGCAGUCCGGAUGGUUAAAUCUAACCUACAGACGAUUUUGAAUAGUCACUGUUUUGCUAGAGAAAAGGAGAGAAACUUAACCAAGAUGCCUGUGAUCGAACAGUCCGUUAAUAAUAAACCGGAAAGUGAAAGUAUCUCCAAUCCCAGGAGGUGCUCCCGCUGUUGCAGUAACCCGUGUCCGGGGCCUCUGUGGUGCUCCGAUGCCCCUCACCCACCCCUGAAGAUCCCAGGUGGGCGAGGGAAUGACCAGCGGGAUCGCAAUCUUUCAGCUAAGCUAUUCUACUCAGAUGCUCAGUUGCUGGUUCUUGAGGAGCCACUUCCCCCCGCCACCAGCAGAGUUCGCUUCUUGCUCUUCGAGCCUCGCUUCACCGAAGGCAAGAACUGCGUGUGGAGGGCGGCGCUCAAAGGAGGCAACCUCUAUGUUGAAAUCCCCCCUGGUGCUUUGCCCGAGGGCAGCAAAGACAGUUUUGCUCUCGUGCUGGAGUUCGCAGAAGAGCAGCUGCAAGGCGACCACGUGUUCAUUUGUUUCCACAAGAGCCGUGACGAUCGAGCAUCCCUGCUGCGCACCUUCAGUUUCCUGGGCUUUGAGAUUGUGAGACCGGGUCAUCCCCUCGUCCCGUCCCGCCCUGACGCUUUCUUCAUGGUUUACAGCAUCGAGCGAGACUCCUCAGAUGACGAUUGAAUAAAAAUGGGGAGGAAACACACCUGGUCAUUCCAGAUGUUCCUCUCUCCUCCACUUCACCAAUCCACCACCUUUAGUAGACGUAAUAAUCAAAGCGUGUGACCUGCCUUGUGCUGUGUUUGAGGCCAGGAAAGUCAACAACAAGCACGGGACAUGUGGGCCACUGUUGUACUUCCUGUGACCGUCUGCACAGGCUGAUUAUAUUUAAGAUUACAUUGGAAUUUGUUCAUCUUACUCUUGGAAGUAGAUUUGUUUUCUAGUGAUUGUGAGUUGAUUCUCCUGUUUAUGCUGAUUACUUGUUUUUGUUUUCUGUGCGCAUGAUUUUCAUUUGUUGCUUUGGUUGACUUGAUAGAAAUCUUGCAUGUUGAAACUGAACCCAUUAAAAGUACUCACUUUACACUGAA